AUGGUCCUCCAACCCUAUAACGCUCGCCAGCGCCGUGCGCGCACCAUCUCGAACGUGGAAAACCGCAAGCCCGCGGCUCCCGCCACCACCACACCCAACACGAAGCGCAAGCGGCCCGCUCGCACCCCGGGCUCCCAUCGCUCUCUGCACGACACCAAGCGCCGAGUCUCUACAGCCGCCAAGAUUCUCGCCGCUGCAGUCGAACGCGCCUCGCACAUCGGCCAAUUCGCGGAGUUCGCGCCCAUGCAGGUGGACAUGCAGACGAUCCCGUCGCCGUUCACCUCCGGCAACAUCAACCUGCCCCGCCAUCUCGCCCACCCGAUCACCAAGUUCCCUCUGGCGAAUGCCUUGCGUGCGCAGGGCGUAGACCCGAGGGUCAAUUUGAACUACACUCGCAACAUCCUACGCAGUGUUGGCCCUCAAAUGUGGCGAACGCUUACCAGCAUGGCAGUUCGAGCCGCGGAGAGGCGCCAGGGCAUGCCGCAGAAGGUCGACCUGGUCGUCAACAACUGCGAGGGCGAAAUGCCAUCGCACUGCCUCGCCAUCUGGUCGCUCGACCGCCAGCUCAGCCCGCCGCAACUGGACAACAACAUCAACGUGACGCUUUACCCCGUCCACGGCUCGGUCCUUGCGGUCAACGCUGCCCAUUUGCCUGUACUUGUCCCUGGCACGCCUGCGGCGCCUCGUACGCCCGGCAGCCGCAUGGAGGUCCCGGUCGUGUCGCUCGCGCUUCCGGCGCCACACAUGUUCAACCCGCUCUUGCGAUACAUGUACACCAAGGACCACAACGCGCUGUUCGCGUCGAUGUUCCCUGCCGGCGCGUUACCGCCUAUCGGCGAGACGCCUCGCGAGCGGAUGCUCGCAGGUGCGACGUCGCUCGCACAGAUGGUACCGCGGGAGGUCCUUUUUCGUAUGGCGAGCUGCAUCACCGGUUUCUGGCGCAACGUCUGCUUCAUCGGUGUGUUCGACGACGCGCUCUGGGCGACGAUGGACCUCGCUUGGGAGAUCAUCCUGUCCGCGCUCGCGAUGAGCCAGCCUACGCCCGCGCCUAAGCCCGCAUCCGCAUAA